AUGUGAAGUGCCCAACACCCAGGAGGUUACAAGUGAGAGGAAGGUAAGAGAGCUGAGAACCUUCUUCCCAGAUCAGGAUGGCAGAGGAAUGGGGAAAACAGGCGUUUGCUGCCAGGCGGCACAAUGAAGACACAACGAGGGGAGCCGCUUUCACAUACACAAACAGCAACCACACGAAAGAUCCUUUUGAGGGACCAAACUACCACAUUGCUCCUAGAUGGGUCUACAAUCUGGCAACAUUCUGGAUGUUUAUUGUGGUCGUUUUAUCAGUCUUCACCAACGGCCUUGUCUUGGUGGCCACAGCAAAGUUCAAGAAACUCCGUCAUCCUCUGAACUGGAUCUUGGUCAACCUUGCCAUUGCUGAUCUUGGAGAGACGGUCUUUGCCAGCACCAUCAGCGUGUGCAACCAGUUUUUUGGAUACUUCAUUCUGGGACACCCAAUGUGCAUCUUUGAGGGCUAUGUUGUCUCAGUUUGUGGUAUUGCUGCUCUUUGGUCCCUGACUAUCAUCUCUUGGGAGAGAUGGAUAGUUGUGUGCAAACCUUUUGGAAACGUCAAGUUUGAUGCCAAAUGGGCCACAGGUGGAAUUGUGUUCUCCUGGGUCUGGUCUGCAGUGUGGUGUGCGCCUCCUAUCUUUGGAUGGAGCAGGUAUUGGCCCCAUGGAUUGAAAACCUCUUGUGGACCUGAUGUGUUCAGUGGAAGUGAGGACCCUGGAGUCCAGUCCUACAUGAUCGUCCUCAUGAUUACAUGCUGCCUCAUUCCUCUGGCUGUCAUCAUCUUGUGCUACCUGGCUGUAUGGUUGGCCAUUCGUGCUGUUGCGAUGCAGCAGAAGGAAUCCGAGUCAACCCAGAAGGCUGAGAAGGAAGUAUCCAGGAUGGUCGUUGUCAUGAUCGUGGCUUACUGUGUCUGCUGGGGACCUUACACCUUUUUUGCCUGCUUUGCCGCAGCUAACCCUGGAUAUUCCUUUCAUCCUUUGGCGGCUGCCAUGCCUGCCUACUUUGCCAAGAGCGCCACCAUCUACAAUCCAAUUAUCUAUGUCUUCAUGAACCGACAGUUCCGCACAUGCAUCAUGCAACUUUUUGGCAAACAGGUGGAUGAUGGUUCUGAAGUGUCCACAUCAAAAACAGAGGUCUCCUCUGUGGCUCCUGCAUAAACCUUCAUGUUCUCCAUUUUGGAAAAAAAACCUACUGUGACCUGUACAGACCCUAUUUAUUGUUUGCUUGUUUUCUUUUGAUGAACAUAGCUUUAUGGCAAUAACAAAAACGUAAAAAAAUGAAUGUAUCAUGUAUAAAUGUGUGGCUGAUCUUUUUUGAAAUGAACAUCAAAUAUAAGGCAUUCUAUAAAUUGUG